AGGCAGCAGAAGCGGUAGCUCGGCUCUGUUGGUUCAGGCAGCAGUCGUCCACGCAUCUAUCUAUAUUUCCCAUUUUUCUUAAAUUAGCCCCUUUAAGCUUCGCGAUACCGCCCCCAAUUUCAGCGACGGUACGGAGCCGCCAGGCCGGGACUGAGACGGAGAGAGAGGCCUCGGCCAUGGAAGCCCUCGGACCCGGUUGUUCUGUCGGAGAGGAUAUAACAGACAGUCAGCCUGGUAACUCGGCGGUGGCUGAUAAAGGAGCACCAGCUCCGGCCUCUCUGUUCCAGCCUCCACGGCGUCCCGGCCUUGGCACGGUGGGGAAACCCAUCCGGCUCCUUGCCAACCACUUUCAGGUGCAGAUUCCCAAGAUUGAUGUCUAUCACUAUGAUAUCGACAUCAAGCCUGAGAAACGGCCUCGGAGGGUCAACAGGGAGGUGGUGGACACCAUGGUGCGGCACUUCAAGAUGCAGAUCUUUGGAGACCGGCAGCCUGGCUACGAUGGGAAGAGGAACAUGUACACAGCACAUCCACUGCCAAUAGGAAGAGACAGGGUGGAUCUGGAGGUGACCCUGCCCGGCGAGGGGAAGGAUCAGACGUUCAAAGUGUCUUUGCAGUGGGUGUCCGUGGUCAGUCUUCAGAUGCUACUGGAGGCCCUCUCAGGCCACCUGAACGAGGUCCCCGAAGACUCGGUUCAGGCCCUGGAUGUCAUCACGCGGCACCUGCCUUCCAUGAGGUACACUCCAGUGGGGCGUUCAUUUUUCUCCCCUCCGGAGGGCUACUACCAUCCCCUCGGUGGAGGCAGGGAGGUGUGGUUUGGUUUUCAUCAGUCUGUCCGUCCUGCCAUGUGGAACAUGAUGCUCAACAUCGACGUGUCGGCCACUGCUUUCUACCGCGCUCAGCCCGUGAUAGAGUUCAUGUGCGAGGUGCUUGAUAUACAGAACAUCAACGAACAGACCAAACCGCUGACGGACUCGCAGCGUGUCAAAUUCACCAAGGAAAUAAGAGGCUUGAAAGUUGAGGUCACACAUUGUGGUCAGAUGAAGAGGAAGUAUCGUGUGUGCAAUGUCACGCGCCGACCUGCCAGCCACCAAACGUUCCCCUUACAGCUUGAGAACGGCCAAGCCAUGGAGUGCACAGUAGCUCAGUAUUUCAAGCAGAAGUACAAUCUGCAGCUCAAGUAUCCACAUUUACCCUGUCUGCAAGUGGGGCAGGAACAGAAGCACACCUAUCUUCCCCUGGAGGUCUGCAACAUAGUCGCAGGCCAGCGCUGUAUCAAGAAACUGACAGACAACCAGACAUCCACCAUGAUUAAAGCAACAGCUCGCUCGGCCCCCGACAGACAGGAAGAGAUCAGCAGACUGGUCAAAAGCAACAGUAUGGUUGGGGGCCCGGACCCUUACCUGAAGGAAUUUGGCAUUGUGGUGCACAACGACAUGACAGAAGUGACAGGGCGUGUUCUCCCAGCGCCCAUGCUGCAGUACGGGGGCCGGGUGAGCACGGACACAGGACGGGACUGUGGCAGGGGACUCUCUCCGCAGAAUAAGACGGUGGCCACGCCCAACCAGGGCGUGUGGGACAUGAGAGGGAAGCAGUUCUACGCCGGCAUCGAGAUCAAGGUCUGGGCCGUGGCCUGUUUCGCCCCUCAGAAACAGUGUCGAGAGGACCUGCUCAAGAGCUUCACUGACCAGCUGCGAAAGAUCUCAAAGGAUGCUGGGAUGCCAAUCCAAGGCCAGCCGUGCUUCUGUAAAUACGCCCAAGGAGCCGACAGCGUGGAGCCCAUGUUCAAACACCUCAAAAUGUCUUACGUGGGUCUGCAGCUGAUUGUGGUCAUUCUGCCUGGCAAAACACCUGUCUAUGCUGAGGUGAAGCGGGUGGGAGACACGCUCCUCGGCAUGGCCACACAGUGUGUCCAGGUGAAGAACGUAGUGAAGACGUCCCCUCAGACCCUCUCCAACCUCUGCCUCAAGAUCAACGCCAAGCUGGGAGGCAUCAACAACGUCCUGGUGCCUCAUCAGAGGCCCUCCGUGUUCCAGCAGCCCGUCAUCUUCCUGGGCGCCGACGUGACCCAUCCCCCGGCGGGCGACGGCAAGAAGCCGUCCAUCGCUGCAGUGGUGGGCAGCAUGGACGGCCACCCCAGCAGAUACUGUGCGACGGUGCGAGUCCAGACGUCACGGCAGGACAUGUCCCAGGAGCAGCUCUUCAGCCAGGAGGUUAUCCAGGACCUGACCAACAUGGUGCGGGAGCUGCUCAUCCAGUUUUACAAGUCCACGCGCUUCAAGCCCACCCGCAUCAUCUACUAUCGUGGCGGCGUGUCCGAGGGACAGAUGAAACAGGUAGCGUGGCCAGAGCUGAUAGCCAUCCGAAAGGCUUGCAUCAGUCUGGAGGAGGAUUAUCGGCCGGGCAUCACCUACAUCGUGGUCCAGAAACGACACCACACUCGUCUCUUCUGCUCUGACAAAGCCGAGAGGGUUGGGAAGAGCGGUAACGUCCCAGCUGGCACCACGGUGGACAGUACCAUCACACACCCGUCCGAGUUCGACUUCUACCUGUGCAGCCAUGCUGGGAUUCAGGGAACCAGCCGUCCCUCCCACUACCACGUCCUGUGGGACGACAACUGUUUCACGGCUGACGAGCUGCAGCUCCUCACCUACCAGCUGUGCCACACCUACGUCCGCUGCACUCGCUCCGUCUCCAUCCCGGCGCCGGCCUACUACGCCCGACUGGUGGCCUUCCGAGCCCGCUACCACCUGGUGGACAAAGACCAUGACAGUGCUGAAGGCAGCCACGUGUCGGGCCAGAGUAAUGGUCGGGACCCCUCGGCACUAGCCAAGGCGGUUCAGAUCCACUAUGACACCCAGCACACCAUGUACUUCGCCUGAGCUAUCGAGCACGUCAGCCAGUCCACCCGCGGAUUCCCCUCCCCCCCCCCCCCCCCCCCUGUCUUUUUAUCUCCUUAUUUGCCAGUCUCUCUCUCUCUCUCUCUCUUCUCCUCCUCCUCCCAUAUCUCUUUCUCUCUCUCUCCUUGUAGUCUGUCUCCUUCUCUUCAAUAGUCACUCUACAUUUUUCUGAAUCUGCACCAAAGCGACUCUUGGACAGGAGAGAGGCCGCUGUGUCUCCCAUGUCCAGCGGUUUCUGUUCCACGGAACAAUCUCCAACCAGCGUUCCCAAUCGAGUCGCCCUCUCUAACCAGCAAUCAAGCACUGCGAACCCCCCUCCCCUCCCCCUCCCCCUCCCCUGAGGGGUUCACGGUGCACAGAAAAACAAAAAAAAAGAAAAUGAAAAAACAAAAACAAACCAUACACACACAAAAAUAUAUAUAUAUAUAUAUAUACUACAAGUUGAGCCAUUUUUUUUAGUUUGUUUUUGUUUUUUCUAUUUGAAUGUCUGCACUCUUGUGUUUGUAAGAUACACUGAGCGAGGGAGUGGACCGGCACCGUCGGUGUCGGCGCAGCUCUUCAGCUCUCCCAGCUAAGCAGGACUCUUAUCUACCUUUACCUCAAAGCCCCUUUGGGCAAAAAUCUGUCACAAGGUCUCGGGUUUUAUUGGGUAGCCGGGGGGGGGGAGUGGGGCGGGGACUCUACAUGAAAAGAGAUGGAGGGGGAGUUGACCUUUUGAGAAUGAUAUAUAUAUACACACACACAUAUAUAUAUAUAUUUUUUUUUUCCUUUUUAUGAGCGUGUGUUUUAACUUUUUCUCCUUAACGGUCUUUUACAAGCGAGGUGACCAGGGUGUCCAUGCCCAUUAUUACUUUUCUUUCUCCCAUCUUGGCAAAGAAUACGCAAAAGUGUGUGUGUGGGAGUUUGUGUGUGUGUGUGUGUGUGCGCGUGCAUCUCUGUAUAUACAUGUACUGCUGUAUGAGCGUGUGUUUUAUGUGUGCAUGUUUCAUGGCAGGCCACUGAAUUGUAAAGGGAAAAUCGAGGAGAGAUAACUGCUGUAAAAUGCCUCAGAUUUGUUGUUUUUUAUAUUCACACAUAACAGUACAAAUAAGCAUAUAUUUACAUCUCUAGAGAAACUUUUGAGACAUAUGACUUCAACUGGCCUAAUAGAGGCUGGUGGUGGGCGUGUCGGCCCUGGGUCACUCCUUCGUUGAAAUGUUUUCCGUUACAGCUCCGUGUUGGUGUUUGCAUCUUUUAUGCCUCACAACAUCACUGAAUCCCAGAGAAAAGAGUCACUGAAUUCAUUUCAAGAAGCGAGUGGGGCCAGGUCCGACCAGUAGCAGUAGAAACUGGCGGUUCUGGCCCGUGGCGGUCUCAGCACUGGGACCCGUCGAAAGGCCGAAGGCAUUAGAAACAGAGUAUGGUUUUAUCAGACCCUCGCUUUCCGUGUGAGAAGCGGGAUCUUACUUUUCCUUGGACCUGAUUAUCUAAAAGAUUAUAUGAUGACACUGCUGGACGUUGCUUUUCUGUCUUUUUCUUUUCUUUUAAAAGUAGUUUCAAGGGCCGGAAACCAACAAAUUAUUUUUUAUUUUUUUGAGGUCUUCUUUGCUAAUACUGGCCAACUCAUUGCACUGACCCGGGACGCUAGGCAAGCAACAGAGGGCACUCUCGAUCUCUCUUUACCUUUAUGCAUUUAUACAUAUGAAUCAACAAAGCAGAUUUGUAAAAGUUUAAUAUAAGAUGUUUUGUGGUUAUCUUAAGGAAAAAAAACUGUUGUUUAGAAUUGGUAGUUCACCAUUUGAUGUCGUCGUCGUCGUUAUCGUCGUUGUCAAUGUCGUUGCUUAUCGUGAUGAAAUAUUUUUAAGGACGGCAGCGGAAAAAGCCAGUUGUAUAGUUACUAGUGCGACUUCAGGAAUAGACUUCGGUUGUUGAGCUGCAGGUUAAGGAGUUGAGCUUUUGGGUUGGAAUUUUGUUUUUUUGAUUUCUUUCAGCAUUCUGGCUAACGGUGGGAAAGAAGUAGGCCCCGGGAUGGAUGAGUUCAUGCUUCCUCUGUAGCUUCUGAAGCUUUUGCGGCAGGUCUGAAGUUAUUGUGUAGCACUCCCAACCGGUUUUUAAAACAGAUCCGCCCGCUGUGCACGUCGCCCGGCUGACAUCAGUUCGGUUCUGAUCCGUUGGAUGGAGACAAUCGGGGACUGUUAUCAGAUUUGAACCGAGAUAAAGGGAUUUUGUUUAAAAGCAGUUUGUGAUAGGCAAUGAGUUGAAUUUGUAAGCUUUUUUUUUUUUUUUUAAAGAAAAGAAGAAAAAAACGGUUUCUAUAACUCUGUGUGUAUUUGAAGUAUACCCAGCUUAAGAGUCUCUACUAUUUAACAGUGUUUGUUUCCUGUUUAUAUGCAUUUUUAAACACUGGAUUAAAUGAAUUGACGAAUAAGCAUUAGCACUGCCCUUGGGACCCCCUGCACUAAAAACACUCACGAGGAAAAAAAAACUCACGACGCUGACACAGUGACUGUGGCAGAAGUGGUUGCCCCCCCCCCCCCCUGUUGAUGUUGCAGGUCGGACAAAGUUGCGGGACUGAGGGGUUUUCGGAGAAGUGGUCGGCGCGCACGCCUCUUCAGGGGGGGGACAGCUCAGUGAAAACUCUUUUGUAAUAAACCAACCGUAAAGCAGCAGGUUUACUAUGAAUGAGUUUGAGCACCUGCCUGUUGAAGGCGUGGGCGUUGGCAUCAGCUGAGAGCAGAGAGGGAGGACAGGACGAGGGCUACGGUGGGGAGGUGGGGUGGGGGUGUUGUCCAGGCACUGCAUGCAAUAAGUGUUAGUCUUUGUCUAAAAAAAAAAAAAGGGGGGGGGGGGGGUUGGGUUCGAUCCAUUCUUACAACAUGCACUAGUUUUACCGAGCCAAGUGGGCUGUGACUGAAUAUUCAUCUGGCAUCUGAAAUGGGAAAUAAUUAGAUGUUUGUUUUUUGUUUUUUUAAAUCUCAAUAUUUGAUCAUAAAAGAAAAAGAUCACACCCUCCAUUUGGAAACACGACAUUGCAAAGCAAUAUAUUAACCCAGUUUCUCGUUUUCAAAUGUGGAAAAACAAAGCUAUAAUUCUACUCAUUGUGGUCGUUGGUCUAGUUUCACUAUCGUGUCUCUCUGUACUUAUAUAUAUCUAUUUUUUAUUCUUUUGUGUUUUAUUUUAUUUUGCUUGUAUCAAUCAGUGGGAAUGUGCAUUUGGUGGAAUAGUUAAGUAGUCUUUAGACAAUUUUUCUUUAAAAGUAACAAAAUUUUAGACCUUGCUCGCCUGCAUGCCGGCGUAUUGUCCUUUUUUUCUUUAUUUUUUUAUAAACAAAAAACAAAAAAAUCUUUUUGGAAUCAUAUUUAUUAUGAGAAAGGAAAAAAUAUAAAUGCUUUCUUUUUGAGGGGAGGGAGGGGGUAAAUGUUUAUCAACUUAGUUGGACUAUUUUAGCCUAGCAAUAUUUGUCCGGUCUCUCGAAGAUGUAUUUUAAAGAUUCCUACACAAAUGUCAGUAAUUUGGGAGGUACAAGCUGUUUUCCGAGGCGAGGGGGGGAGGGGGGGGUCCGGCUCUUUGCGUAGUGUCCAAAUUCAAACGAGGUACUUUCUUCAAAUGUGGACCCUUGAAAGACCGAAGCCCCCCCCCACCCCUCUUCUUUCCUCUUUGCCAGGUUACGGUAGCGAGAAUCUGUUUUGUCUCCUCGUUCCUGGUUUGUACCUGUGGCCAUGCCUUUUGAUCGGAGGAGGGGGUUGGGGGAGGGGGCACUCUCCUGUCUCCAUGACAACUCUGAUGACCCCCUCACAAAUGCACUUCCUCUUUGUGAAUGGGUCCCCCAUGGCAUCGACGGAGCAGGAUUACCUCUUUUUAACGUUUGUAAAAAAAAGAUCCAGAAUUCUUUCAGUGCCCCAGUAGAAAGAGAGCAUGAAUUAUUUUUUAAAUUCCUCUACCUUUGAUAUAUUGUUAUAUCUUAACGGAUUUGUAAUUUGACAUUGUGUAUUGUGUAUUUUUAUCCUUUUUAUUUUUCCCUUUUUUGGUUCCUUUCUUUUCGGGGGGUUUGUUAUAGCUCUGCUCUGUAUUUUUUUUUUUUUUUUUUCUUCUUCUGCUAGUGGUCUCUGAAGCUGUGUGUGUGAUUGUCUAAUAGCAAUAGAGCCGAAAUGGAAUUGGAACGCUCCAAUUCUGUGAAUGGAACGUUCCGAUCCUGUGAAUGAACACAUCCCUUUCCGACCAGUUGUUCGGAGGUCGGGGGCAUGUCUUAACUCCACCCCGCCAGCAGAGGGCCAUUCACUUACUGUUAUUGCUAUUAUGUGACAUGUUCAAUUUUAUUUUAAAUUUUUUUUUAGCCUGCAGGGAAUUCUUGUGUUAAUGUGCAAAGUAAUAAAUUGGUAUUUUAUGCCUAUAACAAA